AUGAUGUCAAAUGAGUAUCUUGGACCGUGGUAUGAAAAUCAACCAAAAACCGGUAAUAUUAACAAUUCCGAUAUGAAUAAUAACACUAAUAAUGUUAACGAUGAUACAUGUGAAAAAUUAUUGGAAGGAAUUGCUGAAGCCAAAUGCACCAUUGAUUUAUUUUUAAAUAAUCGAUUUGAAGAAGCAAAGAAUCGUUUACACAUGAAUACACAUAGUGGUAUGUAUCAAGAAUUAUCAAAUUCUACAAUUUUAUUUAUUCAAGGAAUGGCUACAAUAGAACAGGAAAAUCUUGAAACCGCUAAAGAACAAUUAAAAACAACACUUAAAGCAUGUCAGGCAAACCGACGUAAAGCAGCUAUUAGUGAAACAUUCACGAAACAAAUUGAGAAAAGUCGUAAUAUAAUUUAUAGUUUAUAUACAGAUGAACAGGCUCAUGCUGAACUUUGUUAUGCAGAAGGUUUACUUCAAUUGGCAUUUCUUUCAAUGUUACAAGAUGAAAAAUUAACAAGUCUUAUAAAAUGUUCUUUGAAAAUAAGACAAUGUUACAAAUGUUACCGAAUAUGUUGGAGAAUAUUAAAAUAUCGAAAUUGGCAAAAUGAAAUUAGUAAAUCAGCUUUUGAAAGUGGUGUACAUUUAGGUGUUGGAGCUUUUAAUUUAAUGAUCUCCAUGCUUCCUAGACGUGUACUGAAAUUAUUGGAAUUUGUCGGAUUCUCCGGAGAUCGUCAAUUCGGUUUAGAACAACUUAGAAUGGGUGCAGGAAUGAAAGAUUCAUUACGUGGUCCUUUAUGUGCUCUAUUAUUAUUAGCAUAUGAUUUAUAUGCUACUCAUAUGUUAGGUGACAGUGUUGUCAGUGUAUCUUCUGAACAACCAGAACAUAUGAAAGAAGCUCGUGAAUUAUUAGAUCAUUGGUCUGUUGUAUAUCCAAAUAGUGCUAUAUUUCUAUUAUUAUCUGGUCGUUUAGAAGAAAUAUCUGGAAAUUUACAUCAAGCUAUCACAUUAUUUCAACGUUCAAUAAAUUCACAAUCUGAUUGGAUACAUUAUCAUCAUCUAUGUUAUUGGGAAUUAAUAUGGUGUUAUGCAUUACAAGCAGAUUGGCAAAAAGCAAUUUUAUACACAGAGAAAUUAGCAUUAGAAAGUCGAUGGAGUCAAGCAUCUUAUAGAUAUAUGAAAGCAGCUUUCCUUUUACAAAGUAUAGAAGAUCGUACUGCAUAUGAAAUGAAAAAUCAUGAUGGUGUAAUUGAAAAACCACAAGAAGUGGUUGAUCAAUUAUUAACAGAUAUACCGCAUAUGAUCAAACGUUUCGGUGGUCGAUCAUUACCAAUUGAAAAAAUUGCUUUGAGAAAGUCUUCACGAUAUUUUGCACAAAAUAAAAGACUAACUCUUCCAGCUUUGGAACUUAUAUUCAUUUGGAAUGGAUUCAAAAUGAUUCAGUCACAACCAGAUGCUAUAACAGCAUUUAUUAUGAUAUGUGAGAAUAAAAUCAAUGAAUUAUUUCAAAAUAGAGAUACAAGUGAAACAUUUUAUGAUGAUUAUUGUUUAGCUUUAAUGCUUAAAGGAGUUUGUCUUAGAUGUCGUGGUCAAGCAUUUCAAGCUUAUAUGUGUUUCACUGAAAUAAUACAAUCUAAACGAAAAUUAAAAAUGGACACUUAUCUUUUACCAUAUUGUGAAAUGGAAUUAUGUCAUUUAUCAUAUGAAGAGGGGGAAAUUGAUGAAGCAGUGAAACAUUUAGAAAAAGCAUUAAGUUAUAAAAAUUAUCAUUUAGAAUCAAGAUUACACUUUCGUAUUCAUGAAAUGGAUACACGACUUAAAGAGAAUAAACGUAAACUAUCAACUGUCACAGUACAUCAAGAACAACAAUCUCCAAUUAUGAAAAAAGCUGGCAGUGAAUACUUUCUUACAUCACCAAGUAUCUUUUCCAAUAAUAGUAAUAAUAAUAAUAAUAACAAUAGUGAUAAUAAAUCAAUAUCAUCGUUUAAAUCAGUUGAUAUUCCUGCAAAUUAUUCAUCAUUAACAUCAACAUCAGAAUCGUUAACAGUGCCGUCAUCAUCAUCAUCAACAAUAACAACAACAACCAAAGUGAAGGGUGCUUUAUCGGCAAGAAAUUUAUCGCAUUCAAAAAAUAGUAGUGUUGAAACAUUGUCUUUAUCAUCCGAUGCAAGACGUUUAUUCGAUGAAGAUGAUUUAGACGAUGAUGAAACAUUCAUUAUGGAUUAUAUACAAGAUGAAUAG